AUGCGUCCGGAAGCAUAUCCGGAUUUGGAUACUAUCGUUGUUACUGGAAAUAGCAUUGGAGAUCUAGCUGGAUCAAAUAUUUUUGGUCGUAAUGUUACUCAUCGCUUUGUUUCUUUAGUUGAUUUAUCUGACAAUGCUAUUAGCGCCAUCGAUUCAUACACUUUUCGAGCUCUACCGGCAGUGGAAUAUUUCUAUCUGCACGAUAAUGCAAUCAAACAAAUUGGUGCUGAUCCAUUUCGAUGGAAUGUACGCUUACGAGUUCUGGAUAUGUCGAAUCUUUUCUCAUCAUCAGUAUCACUUUCUGAACGACCGCGCUUAUUGGCUAAUACGUUUGUUGACUCUGUAAAUGAAUUUAAUGAUUUACAGGAGCUAAUCCUACGUGACAAUGAUCUUAUUGAAAUACUAUCUGACAUGCUUUGCAAGUUGAAUGGCCUGAUUCGUUUACACUUAUCCGGUAAUAAGAUGAAAAAAUUCAGCGUUAAUUGGAAUUGCUUACAAAAUCUUGUUGUAUUGGAUGUUUCGGGAAAUGAAUUCUCUACAUUAUCCACUCAUCUUUGGGAGGUUCUUCCUAGUCUAACAACAGUUGAUAUUUCUUCAAACCCUCUGUACUGUGAUUGUGAUAUUAUACCAGCUAUCAAAGAACUAUCAAAAAGUCCGACAUCUUCCUUUAAUCAGUUCCAGGGUUAUGCGAUCUGUGUUGCACCAGAAUCUCGGAAGGGUCAAAAUAUCUUCGAGAUUUCAAAUUCUGCAUGCAAAGACAGCCAUCGUAAGCUCGGAGGAGAAAAUGAACAGAUUGCUAGUAGUCCACAGCUCCUGUAA